AUGUUGCGCCCGGCCACGCCGCUGGCAGUCCUGCUCUUUGCAGCAUUUGCCCUGCUGCUGAUCUCCGUUCUCUCGACCCCUAUCAUCAAGGCCAUCCCUUUGGGCACCUAUGGCAGCGUCAGCUUCGGCGUCUUUGGCUAUUGCGAUGGGGAUAAGUGCAGUCCCAUAGAGGUUGGAUACAACACGGCCGAUUUAUUCGACGCAACCCAGUCCGCUUCCUUCGAUCUUCCACAAGCCACACGAACAACGCUAUCCGCCAUACUCAUCGUUCACCCGGUCGCGUGCCUGCUCACCCUGAUCAUGUUCAUCCUCGCCUGUGUUGCUCAUCUGCAUUCGCCUUCCCAUUCGUCGCGAUACCUUUGCGCCGUAUUUAUUUUCGGCAUCAUUACCUUUCUAGUAUGCCUGUUGGCCUUCCUAAUCGAUGUUCUCCUCUUCGUUCCUCACAUGGCCUGGGGCUCCUACAUCGUCCUGGCCGCCACGAUUCUGGUGUUCCUCAGUUUCAUUGUAUCCUGUGCUAUGCGUCGCACACUCGUCGGUAGGAAAGCGAGGAAGAAGCGGAUUGCAGAGAACGCAGAAAUGAGUGGGGAGAACUACUACAAUCGCCAGGCAACUAUGGACACUACCCCUUCUACUGCGACAGCGUUGCAGCCAACUGUCCCCUUGGUCAGCGGAGCAAACGGGGCCGCCGAUAAGCUGCCAACCUUCGCCUCGUAUGAGAACAAGGACGACCACAGCAGCGACGAGCGUGUUCCUUUAACCGCUAGGUCCCCAUCCGAGAGGUCCCCAAACCAUGUACAAGCUGACAUGAGUGCAUCUGACAUGAAUCACGCCAGCCGCUCGCAGCCAGGAUCGGCCCCAUCGCUUCCGAGAGACCAGUACGGGAAUCCCAUGAAUCAGCCACCCGAUGCCUACGGGAUGCAACGAGGGCCUUCGACAGAUCGCAUGAAUGGCAGGGGCCGUGGUGGACCUCCAGCAGGUUAUAGAGGCCGAGGCGGUUAUGGCAGAGGUGCCUAUGGUCCACCCCCGAAUGGACGAGGGGGUGGGUACGGUCCUCCCGGCCGCGGUGGAUAUGGGCCUGGCCCCAACGGAAGAGGAGGAUAUGGGCCUGGCCCAAACGGGAGAGGAGGAUACGGUCCGCGCGGAGGCUAUGGCGGUGCCAGGGGAAGGCCACCGCCACCGGGUUAUCCGGGUGGUCCGGGACCACAAGACCGAAGGGCGCCUCCUCCUCCCGCAGCCGCUUACGGCAACUACCCACCUGGCAGACAACCUUCUCCAGCAUCAGUUCCAGAUGCCCCUUAUGGCGUAAACUCGUCUACGCCUAAUGUUCCGACGGGAACGACAGGGGGUUACCAAGCUUAUAACCCUGAUCGCGCCAGUGACCUGCCCAGAGCAGAAUCACCUCCGCCGCUACCGGGUACUGAUAGCUCGAGUCUGGGCCAUGUAGGUCAAGCUAUGGAGAUGGACGCUAGAACAGGUAGUCCAGCCCACCCGCCUGCGGGCUUCGGCCAGUUCAACCAGUUACGAGAUAGUGAUGCGGAUGUAGCUGGCAUGCUGGCGUUACAACAGGGAAGAUUAUCGCCGCGCCGUCACGACACGUACAUGAGCGAAAGGAGCAAGUACAGCCAAGAUGAUAACUAUGUUCCGCCACGGCAAGCUUGGAAUCAGGGACUGGGUCGAUCAUCUCCAGGAAUUCCAUCCCCUGGAAUACCAUCCCCUCUACAUGUACCGUCCCGCCCGCGAGAGUUGAGUAAUGGGACGCCGCCGCCUCAAGGAGACACCGCCAGUGCUGGCACAUACUACGAAGAUGUGGACCCUCGCUUCAUGGAGCCAGCCUCGCGUUCCCAGCAAGCUCCUCUGGACGCACCAAUAGGCUAUGACGAACCUCACAAUGCCGCCGGUGCAAGAAGCCCGGCCAUCUCUGAACAAUCAGGCUUCACUUCCAUCUCGCAACGGGGCGUGAACCCUCGCUGGAACGGACCCCCGGGCCAGGGCUAUGGCCAACAAAUACCACCACGGAGACCGGUCAACCGAAACGACGUGAAUAUUCUUAAUAGCAAUCCUGACUUUCAGCUACCGUCGAACCGUGGGCCUUCGGCUACUCCUGCCAGAGGGGCUGCUGGGGGCAUGAUACCUGGCGGUGCUUACCCGGGGAUAUAA